ACUCUGUUUACUUUCGCAUCAAAACCGGCACGAAUCUGCUAACUGGGAUUAGACCAGACCUCUUUCAAACAGCUACACCUGCGCUAAUUUGAGGUGGGGACCUCAAGGACAUUGUCACAUCAGAUCCCGGAUAAUCUUAUCCCGGAUAAUCUGUUUCAACUCUAGCGAUAGCGUGUAGAGACGCACUGAACGUCAAUCCUCUAUCUGCUAUGACUUCAAACGUCGACUGUUACGUUAAUUCUCGUUAUCGUGUGAAGGAAAGACUUGGCAAAGGGGCGUAUGGAAUUGUUUGGAAAGCUGUCGAUAGACAGACAGGAGAGAUAGUUGCUCUCAAGAAGAUAUUUGAUGCUUUUCAAAACGAAACGGACGCACAACGGACUUACAGAGAAGUGAUGUUCUUGCAGAAAUUUAGUGGUCACGAUAAUGUCAUCAAGUUAUUGAACGUAGUUCAAGCUGACCAUGAUCAAGACUUGUAUUUGGUAUUUGAAUACAUGGACACUGAUCUUCAUGCAGCUAUUAAGUCUAAAAUACUGCAGGAUGUUCACAAGCAAUAUAUUAUGUAUCAGUUAUUGAAAGCUAUGAAAUUCAUUCACUCUGGCAAUGUGGUUCAUCGUGAUAUGAAACCAAGUAACGUCUUGCUGAAUUCCGACUGUUUGGUGAAGCUGUGUGAUUUUGGUUUGGCUCGUUCUGUAUCUCAUCCUACAUCAAGAAAAGAGACAAGUACAGACCUUCUUGAUGGUGAUCCAACCUUGACUGAUUAUGUGGCUACACGAUGGUAUAGAGCACCUGAAAUACUGUUGGGCUCUCACAAGUACACAACAGGUGUUGACAUGUGGUCAUUGGGAUGCAUUUUAGGAGAAGUACUAUUGGGGAAACCGCUGUUUCCUGGGACAUCUACACUUUCCCAAGUUAGUUUGAUUUCAGUAGAGCUACCCGUUCCUACAAGAGAAGAUGUGGACAGCUUAAAUGCCACGUUUGCACAGCAAGCGUUACAGCAAAAACGAAGUCAAAGGAAAAGCUCUUUAAACGAAAGAUUGCAUUUUGUGCCACCUGAGGCUUUGCAUCUCUUGGAGCAGUUGCUGGUAUGGAAUCCUAAGAAACGGUUGACUGCUGAUCAAGCCAUUGCACAUCCUUAUGUAAAGAGAUUUCGAAAUGAGGAAGAGCCAGUUCUUGCUCAUGAUGUAGUUUUACCAGUGGAUGAUAAUUGCCAGCUGUCUGUUGAUCAAUACAGACAAAUCUUGUAUAAGGGCAUUUCUGAAAUGAGAAAAGAGUUGAAAAGCUGUAAAAAACCACUCUGUGUGGACGCAGAGAGCAGUGAGUGUGUUACUGCUGAUCAGACUACGGAGAGUAAGGACGCUCGUGGCACUGCAGCCUACUCAUUGUCAUCUACAAGAAAACGAGAAGUAAAUCAAGUAAAUCCUGCUGGUAUUGUAGUCGAUACAACAAGCAGAGACAACUCUUUGGCUGCGAAAAGUAUCGACGCACUUGGAAAGAAGAGCGUGAUAGCAACUUCUUCUAACAAAGGAAGUUUUAUGGUUGAACAUGGCAGACACCAGGAUGAUCAAACGUCCAUAUCUUUUCCGUCACAUUCUACCACAUCGUCUAUGAAGCCUUCGAUCUCUGCAGUAACCGGCCUCCCGUUUGGACGCGACAGAAAAACAGUCGAGCCUUCUGUCGGAAAUGCAAGGAAGGUAUCUCAACAUCGUCCCUUGCCUGAACUAAAGGCUGCUUCAAAGACGCAAGAGCAACCUGAAGUGCAAAGGCGGACUGGUUUAUUGAAUGACGUGAGUCCCAACAGACGUCCGUAUGGCAGUGGAGGGGCCAAUGCGGGUGGUCCGUCGCGAGUUUCGUAUGGGCAUUCUACACAUACGUAUGGAAUUGUGUCGAAAUCUAGUUUCGCUUCUUUGCAACAGCGUCAAUGGUAGAAUAGGGAGUAGAGAGCUGUACUAGUAUUACUAUAGAUCUAUUGAUAUCUUUACAGGAUAGGGAGUACGUGGAAAGACAUGUUCAUAGUAGGGAUGCAUGCAAACUUUUAAAUUUGCAUAGCUAACAGCGACAGACAUUGAGAGGUGUUCAACAACCUUUCUAGCUAAUUUGUAUUGUUAUUUACACUGUUUCAAACUAGUUCUCACUGUGAGAAAAAGUAGACUCAUCGUUAGAUCAACGUUAUGAUGACGA